UUAGCACUCAUGGCCCCCCAUGUUCACCAUAGUAAAAAAUAGAUGACUAUUAUGGGCUACUAUCUAGAGCAGUUGUUCCUAACCUUCCAUUUACCGUGGCCUCCUACGGGAAGCUUUUAGCACCCAUGGUUCCCUGUUUAUCAUUCCAGUGGUAUUUAUAGUGUUAUUCUGAUUGGUAGAUUCCAAAUACCAAACAAUAAAACUACGAAGAACGGGAUUUCGUGAAUUGAAAAGUUAAAUCAGUUUUGCGCUUAGCAUUUUGGCAUCCCUCCAAUUAGGGCCUCUGAUUGGUAACCGCUGGUCUAAAGAGCCUAUCAUGUAUUUGCUAUAUUUAUGGGAUAUAAUAAAAAAUCUAAAUUGUUGAUGCCCCACCCAUCACAAGAGUAUUCAGGUAAUGAAACUACAGAAGACAAGGCAUUUUGUUUCAAAGAAAAAAGUAUGCAAAUGAUAUAUUACUAAAAUAAAUGUACCAUGUAGUAUUGCAGGCUUGCAAAUACCCCCCAUGACUGCUCUGUGGCCCUAUUAAGGGCCAUUGGCUUUCGGUUGCUAACCACUGGUUUAGAAUAUAUUAUUAAACAACAAUUAACACAUAGCAGCAAAUGUAUAUUGAAUGAGUUUCAAUUUGGGAAAUGAAAGAAAAGGCGAUUUGCUCGGUUGGUUCCUGUUUUUGAAUGGAGGCCUAAGGUCUUACUUUUAAAAUGCGACUUUUCGAAAUGAUCAAUUUUUAAGGGAAACUCAGACUGAAAACGUAAUAUAAUACUAAAGGCACUCCAGAAGUAUGUGUAUCAAUAUGGAGUUUGUCAUAGUUUUUCCAUAUUCAACAAAAAGCUCAGAAUCAAAAGCCGUGCUACACAACAUUCUCAAACAUUUCCAGGAUGAAUAAAGCACAAAACAAGUGUUAGCAAAACGAUGCGUUUUGAAGCGUCAGCAAAUUUUGGUAACAAGAUGUCUACCGUUAUACAUAUAAAUGAAAGAGAAAGGUCUUAUGCCUUCCAUGCUUCUGUUCGGAAGAUAGUAUUACUUGGUAUUUCUCUUCCUAUGUUUGGAAUGUUUUUCGGAAUUCUUUGGUCAAUUUUUUUCGAUAUGGAGAGAACUACAGCUACCCAUUGUUUGGUCAAAAAUUACCUUCCUUCAAUCAGUGCGGCGUUUAAUUAUUUUCCCACGUCAUCAGUAUGGAGAAUAUGCAUUUCGUUACAUCUUUUUACGAAGAUCGUUUUGUUUUAUCUUACUACAAUGAACAGAAGUAAAAAAAUGAAUCAACUAAGUCUGCUUGCCCCUUACCAAGGUUCGUUAUCGAAGUUUGCAACAACUAUGAAUGGCAUUGAGAACUUUUCUUUGCUCUGCUUGACAAUGAUUACAUCUAAGGAAAAUAAAACUAUUCACGUCAUCAGCUUUACUUUUUUCGUUAUUUCAUCAAUUAGUUACAUUGUGUCGAUAUAUUUGCUGUAUUCUUCCAUGGUUCUUGAAACUCAACUCGAACGAAAAUCUCUCCGAUUGAAAAAACGUUACUGCACUAUAAAUAUUCUCAGCUUUUUGUUGGUGGUUUAUUCUUAUUACCGACAUAAUGCUUACUGUGAACCAGGAGUGUACACCAUGUUUGCGUUCUUCGAAUACAUAUUCGUUCUUUCCAACAUCGGAUUCCACUACACAGAGUCACUAGAUUUUCAUUCGUAUUCUUGCAUUGUGGGAGAAGAUAGAAAAAUAAGCUCGUCUUGAUGACUAGACAACCUGAAAUAAUCCUGCAUCCAGCAAAAAACGGAAUAACUUUUCCUGCUGUAUUAUGAUAUUUACAAAGGUUUCUCGAGUUAUUUUUAAUGAGUUGUUUACAUACUUCCACUCUGAACAAGGCUCCAACCAGCAGACGGCGAUAGGUAUAAAGAUAUGGUAUUUUUAGACUGACCCAUAAUCUUUAUUAUCAUUAAAAAAGCCCACAAGAAUUUUUGGGCAACAAAAGUGGGUCUCGGAAGAGAAAAGGUUGAGAACCACUGGACUAUUCGAAACCAAUCUCACAAAGGUUAUGGUAACAUUUUUGACGUUCCAGAAGUAUGUGUACCAAUAUGGAGGUGACUAAUUUUAUUCGCCUAUUUUACAUUAAGUUGUGUAAAGAGACUGAAACCUAUGGGCAGGGGAAUAUUUACUUGGCUAACACAGACAGUCCCUGAACUCGUAAUAGAACUAAAAUCAGAAUAAAUUUUUGCCUAACCCUAACGCUCGAUUUAAUUGUCAAUAAAAACCAAUCAAAUUCCUAAUGUUUGUUGCCUAUUAAUUUAAAGAUCAAUAACGAAGAGCAUUUUCUAAUGUGAAUUAAUCAUUGCUAUAUUGUUUAGACGAGACUAAUCAAUUUCAUAUUUAAUUCUCUUUCAAUUUAAUCUUCUUUCAAUCUAGAUAUUGUUCGGUAGUUUCGACAUUGUAUAAAAAUGUUAUGUUUAAUACAUCAAUGGUUUCUUGCAAUUGGCCAAAAUUUGAAUUUUGUUGUUAAAUUCUUGUUUUUUCACAUUUAUAGCUUGCUUUAUAAUUUGUUUAAGCUUAUAUUGUGUUUGUUGGGUCAAUCUCAAUUUCUCUCCCAAGGUAAAUUUUUUUAUGAGGCAUCUUUAUUCUAGAGAAUGCUCUAGUUAAGCUAUGUUAACUAGUACAUAGGAGGCUUAACGCCUUAAAGGACUAGAAUCUUCGUCAUCACCACUUUGUCACACUUUAAGCGAGAUGGUGACAUUUAAAGAUAUUUAACCUGUAAUCGCAGCAAGUCCCGUUUAACUAUACCUAAUUCGACAUUGCGCAUCACAGGUCUCCUCUGAAGCUAAGCUGCCUAUUUUGAUUUCUGGACUUCGAACCUGACCAAGAUUCUGCGGGUUUCAAUUUCUACACACUAGUUUGGUAUUUUUUGACUAGAGGAAGUGUUUGCAUUUGGCUGUGGGAGUUAUAUAAACCGUAACAUACUAUUAAAUAAAUAAAUCUAUUAUAUAAAAUUAAGUAACCUGGUUGGCGACCCCUAUUAUUACGAUAAAGUUACAAGUGUUAAAAGCGCUCUAGCAUCAAGUCCAUACUUUGCGAAAACAAAUAAAUAAUUCCAUACUCGACAUAGACUGGUAACCGGACGAGAGACCGUAGUUCGUCAUAUAUUUAAGUCAACUUUCCUCUCCCUUGGGAUAAAUAUAUUAACCUAUCGUAUCCCUCCCUUAUGGCUCUGUUUCCCAACCUUCACUAUCCUAUUAUAUUAGAUGUCAUUUCCACUUACGGUCCAGGUUUUGCUCCUAAUGCAGAAAGAAUUCAGAAAUUCAAGUAUAUGGACCUGACGCAUUUUCAAGCAUGCGCCUUUGUUGUGUAUCUAUAUGUUAUUCUUUACUUUAUGCUACAUUUAGUUCAUGUUUUGUAGAGAUUAUUGUUAAUGUUUCUAAGAUUGUAAAAUUAUUUAUUUACCAACCGA